AUGGCUCCCUCUCCCUUCCCAACGACGCUACUCUUCCUCCUCACAGAAGCCCUCCUCCUAGUCCAACCGACCCUCUCACUCCACAUCGGCAAAGCCUCGCCUUGCUACGACCAAUGCGACGGCGGCAGCCUGACGGUUACGCAAGAUCUCUCGUGCCUGGACGCCGCCUACGACGAGACCUCGGGCACCGCCGCGGGCAAGCAGAUGCGCGAGUGCCUGACGUGCACCGAGACGAGCGACUAUGCCAACAGCAGCGAUACCGCGACGGAUCAGUAUUGGUUUAUGUUCCACCUUAAAUAUACGCAACAAUACUGCCUCUUCGACGCGAGCGCCAACCAGAUCGACGACUGCGCCACCGAGUGCUCGCCCCUGCAGUCCGUGCUCACCACCCUGUGGGGCGACACCACCCCGCCGAGAUACCUCUACGACUACUGCGACGCCACCUCGGGCGUCUACCCAAACUAUGCGCCCGACUGUGCGGCCUGCCUGAAGAAUCGGACGGGCACCGUCAUCUUGGGGAAUUUCAUGGAUACCAUGUACUCUGCCUGCGCGACCCAGCCGAACGUCACGACCGAUGGCGAGUUGUUCGAGAUUAGAGCCGCGAAUGGUGACCUGUUCGACACGCAGACCGAGAGCGCGUCGGAGCAAUCCGCUCCUACUGCUACCGACUCAUCCGCUAGCGUCCCAUCCUCCUCCGCCUCCCAAACCGGGUCCGCCGCCGAUGAAGCCGCUUCUAACGGCUCAUCCGGUUCCUCCUCCUCUUCCGACUCUGCCAACUCUUCCUCGUCUUCAUCCUCAUCCGACGAUGACAGCGGUCUCUCCACGGGUGCCACAGCCGGCAUCGCCGUUGGCUGCACCAUCAUCGGCAUCGGCGCCAUCGCCGGACUAGUAUUCUUAAUUAUGCGGCGGCGUCGUGCAGCCCGGAACCACAACUCGCACUUGGAGGACAAGAUGGGCCCGAACGCGGGGCUGAUGGGUGGCGUCAGUCCUGCUGCUACUGCUCAUGGCUAUGGGCAGAGUCCAAUGGGCGUUAGCCCAAACGGAGCGUAUGGCGAGCAGGCCUACGCCAUGGAGAAACAGAAGCAAUAUCCGGGCCAAGCCGGGUAUGGGGCUGCGCCGGUCGAAAUGAGCGGGCAGAGCGUCGUCAGUGAGAUGCCGGCGAAUGGGCCGGCGGCUGUGGAACUGCCGGUCGAGAGGAGGCGAUGA